AUGCGCUUCCCUCCGACCUGCCAGCUCGCUACCUGCGUCCUUUUGGGGGCCGUCGUCGGCGCUACCUCCGACAGCGUGCUCGAGGUGGACUUGGUAUUUCCACGCAACGAAACCUACGAACCCACCGACCGGUUCCCUAUUGUUUUUGCCUUCCAGAACGCCAAGCUGGCAAAAUACCUCAAUCCGCAUAUCGACUACACCAUUUUCAACUGGGCAAACCUGCCCGGCAACGACGGCGCGGACUGGUCGCAUGAUCUGAGGACCGUAAACUGGUCGUCCACCAAUGAUCCCUACUUCGCAUACAACUUCUUCUCUGAUAGCGUCUUACCAGAGGGUCAGUGGAAGAUGACCUGGUCUGUUGGCUGGCAGAGCUGCAACGAGACUGCCUUCUCACAGCAGCUGGACACCAGCGCCAUGGUCUUCAACUCCACCACCCGGGGUAUCUCGUUUACCAUCAAGAAGUCCGCCCCCAAGGUGGAUCUCGUGUCUGCUACUGCGGACAAGACCAGCUGCUCCGGGGAAUCCGCUUCGGAUUUGGAGACAGGGGUCGCCAUUCCCAUCAAUGUGACCGGGAAAACCAUGGAGGUUCCGUCCUGGGUGGAUUGGAGCGGCGGUGACACUUGCGCCGUGGUGGCAUCCUCUAUCCCCACACCCACUGUGGACCCUUGCAGGGUCAAGAUAGACUCGGCGAUUGAGGCGAGCAUGUCUGCCGCCUGGACUGCCAAGCUGUGCAGGGGGGUUAACCCGCCACCUGACUGUCCGGAAGACGACCGGGGGGCGGCGCAGAAGCUGGUUGUUGUUGGGGUAUCCACCCUUUUUGCUGCAUUUGGGGCACUUGGGUUUUUGCUUUCCUUGUGA